UCUUCAAAGUGGCUCAGGCUGUCAGGCAAUACGUGGAGAGAGGCGGAGGUGCUCUCGCUGGGCAAAAGGAUGACGGAUGUCUCCGAGCUCCGCGGCUCCCCGGCCAAGCGCCUCAAAACCCUAGCUCCGUCUCCCCCUCCCGGCUCUAAGGGCAAGGAGAAGAUGGCGGAGGAGCCCGCGUCCGCCGAGGGAUUCGCCUCUCUGACGGCGGCGGCGGAGGAGACUUGCGGCAUCUGCCUCUCCGACGGCGGUCGGUCGAUCCGCGGCCGGAUCGACAGCUGCGACCACUACUUCUGCUUCAUCUGCAUCAUGGAGUGGGCCAAGGUCGAGUCCCGCUGCCCCAUGUGCAAGCAGCGCUUCCGAUCCAUCCGCCGCCCGCCAGUGCCGGAGAUCUUCCCCUUCGAGCGGAUGGUCGAGGUUCCAGUUCGCGAUCAGGUUUACCAUCCGCUCGGCAAUGAAAGUACAGGGAUUUCUGAUCCAUAUGCGAAUGUCAGCUGCAGUGCAUGCCACAGUUCUGCAGAUGAAGAACUUCUUUUACUUUGUGAUUUAUGUGACUCGGCUGCUCACUCCUACUGUGCUGGUCUGGGGGCUACUGUACCUGAAGGUGAUUGGUACUGUCCUGAUUGUGCCAUUUCCAGAGAUGAACACUUGAAAUCUCAGUCUGAUACUGAUUCUUACAAUCAAGAUUCCUACAAAAUUACCAGUGCAGUUCAAUUUUCUGAGCCACCAGUUUCAAUUUUUGAGAUUGUGGCUGAUGAAAGAACUUCUUAUUUGUCACCAAGAUUUUCCCCUAUUCAAGUUCCUGAACAACAAAGAAAUGACGAUGGUUCGGCAUCCAGAAAUACUUCUCGUAGUGUAUCUGAGGGCUCUGUGUCAAAUACCGAGCGACCAUCAUCCCCUAGUCCACCUGCUGGGAAAACUGUUUCACCUACUCCAGCAGAAAGAGUCAUGCAAAUUGCGGCAAAAGCUGCAAGGACAUUGCGCAGUUGCCGCAAUUUGCAUAGCCGAAUACGUGUGCUACGUGAAAAUUGGAAUGCCCUGCGUGCUGGUUCAUUAGCCUUCUCAUCAAAGUUACUUGUUUGUGGUGCCAAGAUCAAUGGAAGAGAACAGAAUAACAGCGGAUCUGAAUCUGAUCUAUCAGGUCAUCCAGAGCCUUCACAUCCUGUCCACGGUGGGCAAAUUGCAAAUGCAAAUGCUUCUAGCAAGACAUGCAAUAGUGGAUGCUCGAGUGAUAUCAAGAAAGCAUGGAAAAUGAUGGAAGUUGCAAAAUCAGCACAUGGAACUCAGAUAGGCAACACAUAUCAUUCUCUAAACUCCUUCAGCAAUAGGAAUGCCUCGAAAAGGGCUGAAGAUCUUCAUUGUGGUUUCUUUGUCUCCAAAGGUAGAAAUACUGCUCAUAUAGCGGCUGGAAGAGCUGUAUCAAAAGAUAACAAAAAUUUCUCUCCCAAGGUACUGUACCAUUAUUUUAUACCCCAACACCAGGAUCAGCAAAUACCAGAAAUGCAGAACACUAAGGUGCAGCACGUUAACAGAGGACAUAUGGACACACACCUGUCAGGUUAUGUGGGGCUAUCUUCUGUGAAACAAGAACGACUCAUGCAUCAAGAUGGUAUGUGUGAUGGGAAGGGCAGGCCAGCAUCUCAGCAGGUCAUGCAUGAAUUAUCAGUGCCAUGUGAUGCACAGGAAACUCCAGUUUGCCCAGGUUCAUUUGCUUGUUCACCUUCUGGAGCUUUCAUUCUAUCAUUUAACAAGCCUGGCGAAUUCUCUUCCUGCAUAGAGCCCCAUGAUAGAAAACAGGGUUUGGGUACAAAUUCUGAUCAAACUUUGUCUAGAAAAUUUGACAUGUCGAAUAGCAAUGUCAUGGGUAAGGUUGAAUCAGUUGUCAAGCUCAACAUGGAGUUGCGGAGCAUAGACCAACGUGUAGAGAAUGGGAAGCUUGGUGUAGGCACAUAUGCUGAUGAAAGAUUAUCAAGAAGAAAUGACAAUGCAAAUAACAUUGCCAAGAGUGACAUUCAGUCAUUGGUGAAACUCAACCUGAAGUUGCUAAGCAAAGAUCAACAUUUAGGUGCUGAUAAAUUUAAGGAAGUUGCAAGGGCUGCUACUCACACCAUCUUGGCGGCGUGUGGGUUGGAACAUUCAAAAUCAAAUGCUCGAGCUGUCUCAAGCUCAAUAUGCAAGCACAACGGACAAAUUAAGCAUAUGCGUAGAUCCAAUCUUAUGCCCAAUUCUUGCAGAGAAUGCUUCUACACAUUUGUACAAGAUGUUGUCAAGUGUAUAUUGUCAGAAAAACAUAUCCUUCCGACUGCUGCAAAAUUCAGUUGACUUCCUAUUUUUUAUCAGGAUCAUUUUGGAGUUAUCCACGUUCCUGGUUGCUCAUGUCUAUUGUCAGUAUGAUAUAGCGGCAAAAAGGUGGCCUCUUAUUUUGCCGAUCACUCUGGUUCAAUUUGCAGGGACUUGAUGAUGACUGCCCCUUGUGAGUAUAGAUAUGUUUUAUCUUCUGACUUUAAUAGUUGCAUUUACUGUCGCCAUAUGUAAUGCAUCCUGUUUACGCAAAAAAAUCAUAUAUAGAUCAUUAGCCUCCAGCAGCUGCUCCUACAAUCUCCAUUGGUGGUUAGUAUCCCCUCCUUAUGGUUUGGUGAAGGUGGUUAGUAUCCCCUCCUUAUGGUUUGGUGAAGGCAGAUUUCGAUGGCUCCUUCAAAGAUGGACAAACAUGGGCUAGUUUUAUCAUUCGGGAUCACCUUGGCAGGACAGUUUAUGCAGGCUCACGAGUUUUUCCAACUACCAUACUUGCACUUGCUGAACUUUUAGCUGCUUGAGAGGGUUCUACGGUUCUACCACAGCUUUCUUCAAGCUAAAUUGUAAUGUCAUUGUCUUGGAAGGUGUCUCUCAUACUGUUAUUAACUGGAUCAAAAAGAGCACUUCUACAUUUUUUUUUUAAUUUUUUGAAUUCACUUCUGCAAGAUAUUCAGACAAUUGUCUUAAGGCUAUCUACACCCCAGGCAAUACACAUUUUUCGAGAAGCUAAUAGCCCGGCAGAUUGGUUGACUGGGAGACAUCUAAAUUGUGGCUUCUCUGAUGUUUCUACUUUUCCUUCUGAAUUGGCAAUUGCAGUCCAAUUAGAUGCCA